AAUCGAUUGGCGCAAAGUCGUUUGAAUGACUUAGUUUUUGUAAAAUAUAACCGUGCUUUGAAAAGACGGUAUGAGAGGAAAGACACCACCGAUCCCAUUCUGUUAGAAGAGAUUGAUGAAAGUAAUGAGUGGUUGCUCGGAAGAAUGGAGAAUGAUGACGAAGAUGAUGAUUUUGUGUUUGAAGAUGAUACUUUGACAUGGGGGGCAGUUGCUAGAGCUGCUGGAGCAUAUGAGCCUAGUUACGUCACUAGAUCAGCAGCUAGGAAUGAUGGAGCUAGCACAUCAAACAAUGACAAAGGCAAGAGGAUUGUUGAAGAAACUUGGGAGGAAGACUUAGGAGUAACUGAUGAUGAAGGAAAUGACGAUGUUGAGCUUGCUACUCUCGAUAAUGAGGAUGAUGACAGUGAUGAAUAUUGUUGACAAUAUUGC